GGGAGCUAACCAACAGCACAGGAAGUGUCAUUUCUUGAGCAAACAACAGUCAGUGUCUUUCAACAACAAUGGAGCAAACAACAAAGGAGCAGGAGUUGCAGAUUGGAAAUGAAAGCCAUCUGAAUUAUGGAAGUGAAUGUCUCCUUUCUCCCUCUGUUGCAUAAGCAACAACAGAUCCAGUUAUACUAACAACAGAAACAACAGACCUCGGUAUAUUAUCUAGCACGGUCGACUUGACUCAUUUGGAGUCACCCCCGUACAGCAGAGGAUGCAAGAUAGAGACCACUGUCACAUCUGCAGCACACCAGAUGCCCCUGUUCCUUAUUCUUUGCCCCAUGAACAAUCCAGUGCGCCCCCCUUGGAGCUGAUGGACGGGGCCACUGAAGAUGAAGGGGAAGAUUCAGGAGACUACGGAAACAAAGGUUUACCUCCCCCAGCUGAUCAGCUGCCUGAAGGAGAGCACAGUGAUUCCAUUCCACCUCAGACAGAGUGGAGCAUUCUAGCUAUUUCUGAUCAUGUAGCCAGAGAAGCCUUAGUGCAGUACAUAGCCAAUAAGUGCUGCUAUCGGAUUGCCCCUGCAAAAUAUAUGGUGGUCCAGAACCUGACUCCGCUCAACACAUUCAGAUAUCGUCUGCAAACCUUCACUGAAACCAGAGAAACAUUCCCGAUUAGCGAGCCUUAUAAUGGUGGAUUUGUGGACUCUUCUGAUGUUGCACCAGCACCUGCCCCAUGGGCAAUAGUAGUGGAUGAACCUCCUCUGUUUAUGGAUUGUAAAAUGCACAUUCCAGUGCCGCACACAUAUUCAGUACAGGAUUGUCCUAAUUGCCAAGGACAUGGUAAGAAUCAGUGCCACUUGUGUAGUGGAUCUGGACAGAGAAUAUGUACAGCUUGUAAUGGGACUGGCUGGCAAGACUCAUCCAUUUGUUUAUUUUGCUCAGGUUCAGGAAAGAGACGUUGCUCAGCCUGUCACGGUGGCGGUUGGCAGAAUUGCAUCCGUUGCUCUGGAAAAGGCCUCUUGCUAUAUCAUUCUGAACUUACAAUCACUUGGAAGAACAGCGUGGCUGAAUAUGUUGUUGACAAGAAUUUUGGGUUUCCUAUUUAUCACCUGCAGGAAGUCACCGGGAAGGAAAUAUUUAGCGAUGAAAAUCAAGUGGUGUAUCCUAUAGUGAAUUUCCCUGAGCCAACCAUUGAUAGGGGUUCAGAAUCAUGCAUUGCACAACACCAGAUGCAGUCUGCCUCCAAUAGUCGAAUAUUGAGGCAGAAACAAAUCAUUGAGCUGAUUCCACUCACCAAGGUGGAAUAUGCAUGGAGAGGAAAAGUCUAUUCCUUCUGUGUCUUUGGAAAUGAGAAUAAAGUGUAUACAGAGGACUACCCAGCAAAGUGCUGCUGUUCAGUCAUGUGAUUCACAGAUAGGUCAGAAAUUCUGCUGAGAAACACACCAUCAGGCAGCACAGCACAGCGCAGCUGGAAUUAUUUAUUCUCUUUAAUAAACUGAGCAACUCCUUCCUUUCCAACUUUCACUGGACAGCAGAUCUAAAGAUCUUCAUUCCCAGCAUUAUCACAGAGGGUGAUGGGUAUCUGUUUAUUGGUGGAGUAACGAUUUAUGCGGGUCAUACAGUGCUUAAAUUAACCAGCAGAACACCUCUCUCUGCUCUAUGUUUAUGGAGAUGAAUAAAUCGUGAUAAUGAAAAUUGAA